AUGGGCGACGCCCAAGAGCCCGCUCCCACUUCAAUCUCAAACACAGCCACAGACCACUCAACGACAAACCCAACAGCCACAUUUAUACCCAAACAAAUCUCCCGCGUUGCCAUUAUUGGCGCCGGACCCGUAGGAAUAGCAUUUUCAAAAUUCCUCAUUGCGGAGAAAUGCUUUUCCGAGAUCGAUAUCUACGAGCAACGGGACAACGUUGGCGGGAUCUGGAACCUCAGCGAUAAUGUGGUUUCGAGGAACGUGAGUGUCCCACAGACAGAUCCGUGGUAUGGCACGAGCAGUAGUGCUGCGAAGGACGAUGCGCUUGAAUUCGAAUCCCCGCUCUACGAAUAUCUGGAGACGAACAUUCCCAAACAGUUGAUGGCGUACUGUGAUGCGCCAUUUGCGGAUUCGGAUCCGCUGUUCCCCGGGCACGAGGCUGUAUUAGACUAUUUGAUACGCUAUGCCGAGGAGGUUAGGCAUCUGAUACGAUUCAACACGAAGGUAGAUCGUGUUGAUCUCCGAGUUGAAGACUGGGAAGGAAGGACGAAAGAUCUCUGGACGGUUUCUUCGACGGAUCUGAUGACAGGGGUCAAAACAUCCAAGACAUACGACGCAAUCGUCGUGGCCAAUGGGCACUACACGGUGCCUUAUGUACCGGCGAUCCCUGGGCUGGACAAGCUCAAUAUACGGCACCCUGGCGUCGUACUCCAUUCAAAAGCAUAUCGCAGGCCUGAAGACUUCACAGACAAAAAGGUUCUUGUGAUUGGCAACUCUGCGAGCGGACUGGACAUCGCCGCACAGAUUGGCAAAUUUGCACGCAAGCCCGUUUACCUUUCAGCGAGGAGCCCCAGUGCAUUUGGAACAUCAGCGCCGACGGAAUGGCGAGAGGAUGUGGAUGAGGUGGUGAAGUUUUAUACUUCAGAAGCCAAGACCCCGUCAAUAAGGCUCAGGAGCGGUCGACUUGAAAGCGGCUUCGAUUCCGUGGUCUUUGCAACAGGAUACUUCUACAACUUCCCCUUUCUGAAGGACACGGAGCUACGACUGGGCGACGCCUUGGUCACGGAUGGGUCUAGGACAAGAGGUCUCUACCAACAUCUUUUUCAUAUCAAGCAUCCCAGCUUGGUGUUUCCUGUCAUCAAUCUUAAAGUCAUCCCAUUUCCUCUCAGUCAGAAUCAAGCUGCGGUCGCAAGCAGAGUGUGGUCUGGACGAUUGGACCUACCUGAAGAGAAAGAAAUGCACCAAUGGGAGCGAGAUGUCAUCCAAAGGAAGGGUGAGGGCAAGUACUUUCACCUGAAGAAAUUCCCUGAAGAUGCGGCACAGCUCAAUGAGCUGUUCCUGUGGGCAAAAGAAGCGAGAAACAGGCAUGGCCUGGAGAAUGAUGGGGUGGGAAAGUCGGGCAUGGCUUGGGAUGAGAGGCUGGUCUGGAUGAGAAGUCGAUUUCCCGAAAUCAAAGCGGCCUUUGCGAAGAGGGGCCGGGAUAGAUUCAAGGUCACGAUGAUGGAGGAGGUCGGCUUUGAUUUUGAGACAUGGUUGGAGGAGGUGAACCGGACAGGUCGGGUGGAAGAGUUGAACAUGUUCCGUGAGGCAAAAUGCCCAUGA